UCACUAUGUUGAAAUAUGGUGGGCUGGCUGGUGGCGUGCUGUGCUCUACACGUUUUAGGUCCAAGGUCUCGAGCGGCGGCGGCGGCGGCGGCGGAGAUGAGGGCGGUGAACGGCGAGGUGGUCUCGUCGAAGCCGGUGGGCUUACACAAGGCCGCCCGCGUGUUCAGCCGCUUCGCGGCCAGAGAGGCGUCAAGGCUGCCCGCCGGGGCGGGCGUGCUGGUCCUCUGCGCGGCCGAGGCCGCCGCCGAGCUCCACGCCUUCCGCUGCGCCCGUGUGGAUCCCGAUGGCGAGGCUGAGACGGAGGUGGUGCAGGGCGGAGAUGGGCGGCGCAAGAAGAGGAGGAAGACGGGGCGCGAAGGCUUCUGCCGCACCCGCAUAGGUGAUGGCGAGGCGGCUCGGAGCAGAUAGGAGGGUCGCAAGAAGAGGAGGAAGGCGGAGCGCGAGGUUGUGUUACUGGAGCAAUAGCUUUCUUUUUUCUCAAGGCCAUGUGUCACUGCACUUGUUGGCUCCGCCUCCACUGAAACUUUUGAAAACUACUAGUGACUCGUAGCUAAUCUCGUGUUCCUCAUGAUGUAUCCCUUUUUUCUUUGAGGCAUGAUGUAUCCUUGGCGACGGGCGGUGUUGUGUUUGUGUACGUGUUGUAUAUCCUGCCGAGGUACAGCUUAGUUCAGUCUGGAACCCAACUGUGUAAGAUUUCGUUGUCUUGCAAUGGAGC